CACAGCAAAUUCAACAUCUCUCCUGUGGGCAAAGGACCCGAUCCUGCACCUCAGUAGCUCAUUAGAGCCCACCACAAUGGGUUUUCCAGGGAACUGGAUGCUCUCAGCUGUUGCCAGUUGCCCUUAUAGGAGGUGCUCUGAGUAUCACCUGAGGUGGGAAGCAGCUGUGGGCUAUAAAAGGUCCCUGGCAGCAGUUGCUUCUUAUGGUGGAUUCUGGUAGGCAGGAUGAGGUCUAGAAGCAGCCUAGUGUUUGUUCUUUUCUGCUGUGUUUUUGGGGAGGUGGUUGUUUACAACCCCUGGGGUGUCUUUAGAGGGGAGGCAGAGCUAUGGAGAUACGGAGGGAUUCCUUCCUUUGGGCAAUCCCAUUCCUACUCCCGCUCUUCCCCCUGGGCAUGGGUGGAUGUCUCUCAGCUGCAGGCUGCAGCCCCUUUGCACCCCGUGACUGUGCAGUGCCAGGAGGCGCAGGUGGUGGUCACAGUGCACAGGGACCUCUUUGGCACGGGGCGCCUGGUCAGAGCCAUGGACUUGACUCUGGGCUCAGCUGGUUGCCCGCCUGCAGCCUGGAGUGCCGUUGAGACCACGGUCACCUUCGUGGCUGGACUGCAUGAGUGUGGCAACACCCUCAGGGUGACCCCCGAUGCGCUAGUCUACAGCACGAGCUUAAAUUACAAACCAGUUCUUAUUGGCAGCCCUGUCAUCAUCCGCACCAACCCUGCUGUGGUUCCUAUUGAGUGCCACUACCCAAGGAGGGACAAUGUGAGCAGCCAUGGUGUCAAGCCCACAUGGGUGCCCUUCCAGUUCACCAUGUCCUCCGAGGAGAAGCUGCCCUUUUCCCUGCGCCUCAUGAAUGAUGACUGGAGCGCUGAGAGAGUCUCUCCCACAUUUCAACUGGGAGAGGUCCUCCAUUUCCAAGCUGGCGUCAACACAGAAAACCAUGCACCUCUGAGGCUCUUUGUGGACACCUGCGUGGCCACCCGGACCCCGGACAGGAGCUCUUCUCCCCAGUAUGCUUUCAUUGACUUUAGCGGGUGCCUGGUGGAUGGACAACUGGAUGAUUCCACCUCGACUUUCAUAUCCCCAAGACCCAGGCAAGAUGUGCUUCAGUUUGCAGUAGAUGCAUUCAAGUUUGCAGGAGACCCCAACAAUCUGAUCUACAUCACCUGCCACCUGAAGGUAUCCCUGGCUGACCAAGCUCCUGACCCUCUGAACAAGGCUUGCUCCUUCAACAAAACCAACAACCUCUGGGCUCCUGUCGAAGGCACCUGGGAUGUCUGCUCCUGCUGUGAGAUGAGGAGCUGUGGCUUGACCAGGCACUCCAGGAGGCUCCAUGUUGCCCCCCAAGGGCAAGGAGGACGUGCCCGGAGAGAACUGCCCUCUGAACUGGAUCCCUUGGUGAGAGAAGCAGAUGUUGUGGUUGGACCUCUCUUCAUCCACAGCUGGCACGAUGAGCCAGUUAGGAGGAUGCCUACACGAGAUGCAGGUCAUCUGUGGAUGGUACUGGGGCUGCCCACAGUAGCUGUUUUGGUCAUCCUGAUCCUUGCUGUUCUAGGAGCUCUAACUGUCUGCUGGAAAUCCAGCAACCCUGUUUAAACCCCUGUUUUCAACUUUUAUAGUCUGUCCAAUAAAAAAAUAAGCUGAAGGACUGGAAGGCUUGGUAAGGUGGGAGUGGAGAAGUCUUCCUGGAGAGACUGAGCUACCCCAAUCUUCAUGCAUCUUUAGCUGUGCUUCUUUGCACUCAGUUUGGGUCUUGCUCUCCUGAAGUCCUCUCCUCAGCAGAGUUUUGUACAGCCUUACGCUGCUGUCAAUGCCUCCCAGAACACCUAGCUGGGAAGUGUUGCCAGAAAAAGUCACCUCCAACUGCUCUCUUUGGUUUCUAAGAAGCAUGGAGGUUUGUUUAGCCUCAAAACACUUCACCUUCUGUGUCGCUACUUGGCUCUGCUCCACACUGGUAACUCUUUACUGAACAAGCCAAGAGGAGCUAAGGGUUUAGUAAAACUUGGACCACUCAUCUCGUGUUCGAAGCUGUUGCUGGGAGAGAAAUCAAGCUUUACUGGAUGAGAGGGGGACCACAACGCCUGGGUUGGUAGGUUGAGCUCUUCCAGGAACA